AAUUUCAAUUUGAAACCCGGCGGAGGGUGGAGGCGGCAGGCGCGGAGGACCGGCGGCCGGGGCUGAAGCGGGACGUGUCCUCGGGGCGAGCAAGCUCGAGAGGGGCGGUGUCCGGUGUAAGCUGUAACCAUGACUACUGAAGUUGGCUCCGCAUCCGAAGUGAAGAAGGGCUCUGACCAGGCAGGAGCAGAUGCACCUAAGGAGAAAGCUAAAGAAGUCACAGAAAAUGAGCAGAAUCAGUUAUCUGAGCCAGAGGAGGAGAAAGGUUCCCAGCCAGGUCCUGCAGUUGAAAGCCAAAGCAGUCCCCGCCGCCGGAAAAGAGAGAAGGAUCCAUCUGAGAGCAGGGGCAUUUCUCGGUUCAUACCCCCAUGGCUUAAGAAGCAGAAGUCUUAUAACUUAGUAGUAGCCAAAGAUGGAGGAGAUAAAAAAGAGCCUACCCAAGCUGAUAUGGAAGAACAGAUCUUGAAUAAAGAGGAUUCCCUUCCUGAAGAAGAGAGUCGGGCCAAGGGCGAUGCAGAAGAAAUGGCUCAGAGGAAACACCUUGAGGUUAAGGUGGAGGUCAAGGAAGAAAAGUCUUCCUUGAAAAGCAGUGCUGAGACCCAGCCUGCUGAAGAAGUAAGGAAGGACAGAGAAGAGGAAAAGAUAAAGGAAACCCAGGAAGACAAAAUGGAAGGAGAGGCAGCAAAUAGGGAGACCAAGGAAGUACAGACCAGUGAGCUGAAAGUAGAGGUGGCUUCUCAGAAAGCUGCCAAGAAGACCAAGGCUGUCCUGGCCAAAGUGACCCUCCUAGAUGGCACCGAAUACAGCUGUGACCUUGAGAAACGUGCUAAGGGACAAGUGUUGUUUGACAAAGUGUGUGAACACCUCAAUCUCCUGGAGAAGGACUACUUUGGGCUUCUAUUUCCGGAAAAUGCUGAGCACAAAAGCUGGCUAGAUCCCGCAAAAGAAAUAAAGAGACAGCUGAGAAACCUUCCCUGGCUCUUCUCUUUUAAUGUGAAAUUUUAUCCUCCGGAUCCUUCUCAAUUGACUGAAGAUAUCACCAGAUAUUUCUUGUGCCUUCAGCUGAGGCAGGACAUCGCAUCUGGCCGCCUGCCCUGUUCCUUUGUGACUCAUGCUCUUUUGGGAUCAUACACACUGCAGGCUGAACAUGGGGACUAUGACCCAGAAGAGUAUGACAGUAUCGAUCUUAGUGACUUCAAGUUUGCCCCAGGCCAGACCAAGGAGAUGGAAGAAAAGGUGGCAGAACUGCAUAAAACUCACAGGGGCUUAUCUCCAGCACAAGCUGAUACUCAGUUCUUAGAAAAUGCAAAGAGGCUUUCCAUGUAUGGUGUUGACCUGCAUCAUGCCAAGGACUCUGAAGGUGUGGACAUCAAGCUGGGUGUGUGUGCUAAUGGCCUUCUCAUUUACAAAGACAAACUGAGAAUCAAUCGUUUUGCUUGGCCGAAGAUCCUGAAAAUCUCCUAUAAGCGCAGUAAUUUCUACAUUAAAGUUAGACCAGCAGAGCCAGAACAGUUUGAGAGCACCAUUGGAUUCAAAUUGCCAAACCAUCGGGCAGCUAAAAGGCUAUGGAAAGUAUGUGUGGAGCAUCACACUUUCUACAGGCUUUUGUCUCCAGAGCAGCCACCUAAGGCCAAGUUCUUAACCUUGGGGUCCAAAUUCCGCUACAGUGGACGCACCCAGGCACAGACCCGCCAAGCAAGCACCCUCAUAGAUAGACCAGCACCACUCUUCGAGCGUGCCUCUAGUAAACGUGUCUCUAGGAGCCUAGAUGGAGCUCUGAUUGGUGUUGUGGACCAAAGUCUUAUGAAGGAUUUUCCUGGCCCUCCUAGAGAGGGUUUAGCACAUGGCCCUGGAGCUGUCAGCUAUACCAGCAUACAAGAUGGAGAUAGCAGGAAGGAUGUCAGAAGCCCAGCAAAAGCUGCACCCCUGCUUGCUGAGGGAAAGAAAAAUACCUUGAGAGUAGAAGGAGAUAAUAUUUAUGUCAGACAUAGCAAUUUAAUGUUGGAGGACCUGGAUAAGGCCCAGGAGGACAUACUGAAACACCAGGCUAGCAUUAGUGAGCUCAAGCGCAAUUUUAUGGAGUCUACACCCGAGCCGCGCCCUAACGAAUGGGAAAAACGACGUAUCACACCUCUGUCCCUACAGACACAAGGGAGAAGAGGAGACCAUCUUUUCAAGGAUAUUCUAACCAUGAAGGAGAAGUACCUGAUGGCGGCUACACGGACAGUUGAAGAGGAAGCUCAGGCGGCCAAGACUCGCGCUCCUGCAUCGGAAGGGCCUUGCACUGGAGCCAGGGACGCUGUUAAGAGUUCACAUGAGACUCUGAAUGUAGUGGAGGAGAAGAAACGGGCAGAGGUUGGGAAAGACGAAAGAGUAACCACAGAAGAAAUGAAUGGUAAAGAGAUGUCAGCUGGGAGUGGUCCUGGGGAGACUCGUAAGGUGGAGCCCGUGACACAAAAAGACUCCACCUCCCUGUCUUCUGAGAGCAGCAGCAGUGAGAGUGAGGAGGAAGAUGUGGGAGAGUACCAGCCCCACCACCGAGUGACCGAGGGCACCAUAAGGGAAGAACAGGAGGAGUAUGACGAGAUGGAGGAAGAGCCCGGCCAAGCAGUCAAGGUAGUAGAGAGGGAGGCAGCAAUGCCUGAAGCCAUCCCAGACAGACAAGCAGAGGCCAGUAUACUCCCAGUAGAAACAGAGGCCCAGGAAGCUGUAGUUGCCCAAAAGUUGCCUGGAGAGAAGAGUGUACAUGGAGACAUUGUUAAGCAAGAUGUAAGAGAAGAGACCGAGGAAGAGCAACACACAGUUAACGGAGAGGUGCCCCAUGUUGACAUUGAUGUUUUACCAGAAAUUAUUUGUUGUUCAGAGCCACCAGUGGUAAAAACAGAGAUGGUAACAAUUUCUGAUGCCUCACAAAGGACAGAAAUCUCCACCAAGGAAGUCCCCAUUGUUCAAACUGAGACCAAAACCAUCACAUAUGAGUCUCCACAGAUUGAUGGUGGGGCUGGUGGUGAUUCGGGCACGUUACUGACUGCACAAACCAUCACAUCUGAGUCCGUGUCAACAACGACAACCACACACAUCACCAAGACUGUGAAAGGUGGAAUCUCUGAAACAAGAAUUGAGAAACGCAUUGUGAUCACAGGAGAUGCAGCCCUUGAUCACGAUCAGGCGCUGGCUCAGGCCAUCAGGGAAGCCAGAGAGCAGCACCCGGAUAUGUCGGUCACAAGGGUGGUAGUGCACAAAGAAACAGAGUUGACAGAGGAAGGAGAAGAGUAAGAGAGUCAUUUUUUUAAAAGCAACCUUCAACUUCAUGAGUCUGAAGAACUUUGACCAUUCCAAGUCGUAAUGCCACACCACUACUCCAGCAGUUUUGUGCUACAACUGGUAACGAUGGCCAGAAGCCUGAAGAAUUAAAAUGCCAACACCAAACCUUACCUUAACAGCUCUGGUCCAUACUGUUCCCGUGUAUCUCUAAUAUAUUAUUUGUUUUAUAACCACUUCUAAAUAUUCUUGCUUCCUCUUUUCUUUCUGUCUUUUUUUUUUCUUUUUUAAUUCUUUGGUUUUUGUUAAGAGUUUUGUAUUUGUUUCCUUUUCCUACCUGUUUUUUAUGACUCAUUUGCUCAAAUGACAGUGAACAAAGCCAGCUCGGGCUGGUAAGGUGCUGUUCACUUGAACAGGUGCUGUUAUAUGGAAAGGAAACUCUGUGACUAAUUUAGAUAGUGGUUUUCUCUCUUUGAAGUAGUUUCCAUUGUACUCGUACAGUCCGUAUCUGCAGUUUUCAGACUGCAGUGAAUGUACUGCAUGAGGACAGAUUAAUACCAAUUCGGAGCAUUUCUUACAUCUUGGAAUAUUUCUAAUAUUUGGGAAUUUCACUAUGGAUGACUUUUAUAUUGACUUUCCAGUCCUGUGACUUUGUAUUUUAGUAAAGUCAGAGACUCUAGACUGGAGAAUUAUGAAGCUCACUGACCAAGCACUGUGUUCAGAGACCAUCACCCACAGUGCAGUACUUCUCAGACAUAUGCUUUGCCACAGCAUUCCAGAACAGGAGGAGAACCACAGAACGUGCUCUUCUCUUUUUCUACUAAAAGAAAAUCAGGCAGCUUAAAUUAAAGCCUUAGUGCUUUCUGUCUUAACCUUUCCAGUUUCAGUACUUCCCAUUAUUUGAACACUUGAGUAGAACACUUGCUUUGUAUUAAACUUUGUCUACAUGUAAAACUGACCUUUUGUUACUGCGCAGAUAUAUCUCUUUAAGAUAGUUUGAUAACUCACAGGUUUGAAGAUGCUGGGUAUAAGAGGGUUGGGGACAGUGGUGGGGGGUUCUGUUGGUUAUAUGAAAGCUAUUCCAUUUAAAGCUGACACCAGAGACCUGAUAGGGACUUAUUAACUGUAUUGAACAUGUCUUUCAUUUGCUUUUGACUGUAUAGUUAAUGAUGCCAGGUUAGAUUUAUAGCAGCUUCAAGUUGUAUUAAAUGAUAUUUUGCUUUAUGUAAUACUGUUAUAAAAUAAAACUUUGUUUAUUCUAUAAA